GCGUCCAUUUAUUUUGUCUCGUGCAUUGACCGACUUCUCGCCACAACAACAGCGACAACAGCAACAAAAACAACAUCGACAUGGAUGCAGAGGCGCCAAGCAUUCCACAGGCAACAGACCAAAAUAAAAGCAGUCCAGAGACGACGACAACGAAUCCAGCGACAGAAACAAAUGGAACAACAGUCGCUGUUGCGAAUGGAAAGCAACCCACUGAGGAUGAGACGCAUCCACCCACAAGCUACCUGGAGACCAUUGUACAUCUGUUCAAGGGCAACAUUGGACCCGGCCUCUUUGCCAUGGGAGAUGCCUUCAAGAAUGGCGGCCUCAUUGUUGCCCCGCUGCUCACCGUGCUGAUUGCCAUCAUCUGCAUCCACUGUCAGCAUGUGUUGAUCGCCUGCUCGAAGAAGAUGCGCGAUUUGCGUGGCGAUACCGUCUGCGCCGAUUAUGCGAUCACAGUGAAGCAAUGCUUCGAGAAUGGUCCCAUCAAGCUGAGGGGUUGGUCCCAUACCAUGGGUCGGCUGGUGGAUGUGUUCAUCUGUGUGACACAGCUGGGCUUCUGUUGCAUCUACUUUGUGUUCAUCAGCACGAAUGUGAAGCAGAUUCUCCAAGCUUAUGACAUACAAAUGGAUGUGCAUCUGGUGAUGCUGCUGGCUUUCAUACCCGUGCUCCUCAGCUCGCUGAUCACGAACCUCAAAUGGCUGACGCCCGUGUCGCUGUUCGCCAAUGUUUGCAUGAUUGUUGGUCUGGCGAUCACGCUGUAUUAUGCUCUGAAGGAUGGACUGCCAGAGGUGGGGGAACGCGCCUACUGGACGAAUGGUUCACAGCUGGCGCUCUUCUUUGGCACCGCCAUCUUUGCCUUCGAGGGCAUUGCGUUGGUGAUGCCCCUGAAGAAUGCUAUGCGCAAACCUCGCCAGUUUGAGAGCACGCUCGGUGUACUCAAUGUGGGCAUGUUUCUCGUCUCUGUCAUGUUCAUGUUCGCCGGCUCCGUUGGCUAUAUGAAAUGGGGCGAACACGUUGGCGGCAGUCUAACCCUCAAUCUGGGCGAUACCAUUCUGGCACAGUGCGUUAAGCUGAUGGUCUCGAUGGGCGUGCUUCUCGGUUAUCCGCUGCAGUUCUUUGUCGCCGUUCAGGUCAUGUGGCCAGCCACCAAGCAGAUGUGUCGCCUCGAGGGACGUUCGCUGUGCGGCGAACUCAUCUUUCGCACUCUGCUCGUCAUUGUCACGCUGGCGAUUGCCGAACUUGUGCCUGCCUUGGGUCUCUUCAUCUCGCUGAUUGGCGCCUUGUGUUCGACGGCCUUGGCCUUGGUCUUUCCGCCCGUCAUCGAGCUGAUUGCACGCAGUGAACCCAACAAGGGACCUGGAGUUUGGAUUUGUGUGAAGAAUCUAAUCAUCUUGGUGCUAGCAUUGCUCGGUUUCUUCACCGGCUCCUAUGAGAGCCUCAAGCAGAUUGUCAAGCACUUUGGCAUGGAGGAAACGCAUUGAUCGUGUUUGUUCAAAUUUCGAAUUUCCCCUUAAUAUAUUAUUAUUAUCUAUGAGAAUGAUUUAUUAGUUGUAAUUUGCCUUAAAAUCCGCCUUAUCGACUAAGUGUCCAUUAAGUGUUUU